AGUUCAAACGGAAAAAUGUCCUGCAGAAACGCACACCGCCUUAAUCAAAUUGUGAGCGCGUUUCUGGACAGACACAAACUCCUGGAUCCGAAUCCGAGCUGGCUAAUCCAAGAGUCCAGCCUCGGAGGCUUCGGGGUGUUCGCCACAAGAGACAUCGAGGCCGGCGAGGUGAUUUUCCAGGAUUUCCCCGUCAUCUUAGGCCCGAGGUGCCUGCCGAACGGCCCCAGGGUUUGCGUCGUUUGUUACAGCAACAAAACUCUCGGUCCGUGUAAACGCGUUUGCGGUCUGGAUGUCUGCGGCGAGGAGUGCCAGAACUCGUUGGCCCAUAGAAAAGAAUGUGAAUUGGUACGUCAGUGCAGCCCACCCGGGAUUCGCAUCUUCGAAAAUCUCACUCCAAUCAGAAGCCUGCUUCUGGACGAGAACGACAAGGAGGUGGUGAACUGUUUGAUUGCUCAUGACAGAGAUGAGCAUGGGCACGAAGUCACCACACUUAAGAAAUUGGGUUGCCAGUUUAAAGAGGACGACGAGAAGUUUAUGAGGUUUGUAUGUUGCGUGUUGGACGCCAACGCUUUUGAGGUGGCGCUGGAACAAAACAAUAUAAGAGGCCUCUACCCUUUGGCUAGUCUAGGGAACCACUCCUGCGCCCCCAACUCCACUUACGUCUUCAACAAAAGCCAUCACAUGUUAGUGAAGGCUUCGCUAUUCAUCCCCAAGGGUUCGGAAAUUUUUUACUCUUACACCAGGCUGAUUUGGGGCACCCCUUCAAGGCUUUAUCACCUCUAUAGGACCAAGCAUUUUGUUUGUAAGUGUUCUCGGUGCAGAGACCCCACGGAGUUCGGUACUUACAUGGGAGGAAUUCUGUGUAAAAUCUGUAGGGGUAUUGUGGUACCUUUGAACCCUUAUAAGACCCACGCCAGAUGGCAGUGUCAGGAUUGCAAGCGAGUUAUAUUAGGGAAAGAGACUGGGGAGUUGUUGAGGCUGUUAGGGGUGAUCUUAAGGGAUAUUAGGCAAGACGAUUUUCCAUUUAUGUACAAGUUUUUAAACGGGAAAUUGAGGUCAGUGGUUCCGGAGAAUAACCAAGUUGCUGUGCAAGUCAAGUAUAAGAUUAUUAAGGUUUUGGGGCACCUGUAUCCUUGGAAUGAAUUAACUGAGGAAAUGCUUAAGAUAAAAGAAACGCUGUGCUUGGACCUUCUUGGACUGCUAGAGCAGCUCAGAUGCGGUAAGAGUAAAAUGAGAGGCCUCCUCCUCUACGAGCUGUUUUGCUGCAAACGUGAGUCUAAUACCAGGGCAUCCAAGGGAAUUUUGGAUCCAGAAACAGAAGGUCUGUUAAAGGAAGCCGCCUCUAUUCUGGAAUAUGAUGCCAAUGCACCGCAAGAAAUAAAAUGUUAUUUGGAUAAUAAAACAGUUUAAACAGUAUAAA